UGGUGUUUGGAGUUGAGCAGUCAUAAGCCCGUAUCCCGCCGGUGGGUGCGUCCGCUCGGGCUUUCGUCACUGGAUAUAAUUGGCGCUGGGACUCCGGUCGUGCGCUCCGCCUCAUACAUGCUUCCACAGUAGCGAUAGUAUGUAAUUUGUUCAGAUGUGUUAUUAAGGGAAACACUCUGACAGCCCAUCAUGAAGGCACCAUCAUCCAGUUCACAAAUCACCAAGGCAUGGGUGGAGUACAUGCUGAGCGAUUAUGAAUGCAAGAAAACACCGGAGACCACCGUCACUGUGAAAACUUAUGAAAUUAGAAAUGCCACAAAACCUGGUGAAAGCUUCAAUGCUGAGCUGAUUCUUUUAGACGUCCAAGCAAAACUCAAAGGUGGAGGAAGGCCAGAUGCCGAGGAAGAAAAGGAGUACAACCUUGUAGUCAAAUUCUUGAGUGGCGAUGCCUUGACGAGCGAAAUAAUAAAAAGAUGUGGGUAUCACAUUAAGGAAUUCAUGAUGUACUCGGAGGUAGUGAAUGAACUUAAUAAUUUUCAAGCAGAAAGGGCCAACAACGAAUUCCGACUAGACAUCCCCGAGUAUAUUUACGGUAAAUGUACUGAGAAGGAAUAUGUCUUAGUUAUGCAGAAUAUUAAGGUGCUGGGUUAUGAAACUGGUCCAAAGAAAGAAGGUCUUGACUUCCACCAUGCUAAAUUGGCCGUGAAUCACAUUGCAAGAUUGCAUGCUGUGUCCUAUGCUUAUGAUAAGUCCCAUAACUUUCUGGAGAAGUACUCAUGUUUCAAAUUUAGCAAUGCAAUUAGCAGUUUUUUCAAGCCAGUUGUAUGGGCAUCUUUGUUAAAUAGCAUCAAAUUCCUAAAAAGUAAAAAGGGUUAUGAAGAUAUGGUUCAUAAAUUAGAGACAGGGAAAACAACACUCCCUGUUAAGUUUGCAGCAUUGUGGGAUGAUCAGACAAGACAUAAAUUUUUAUGCCUUACUCAUGGAGACUUUUGGAAUAGUAAUUUGAUGUAUAAGCACAGUGAAGGAAUGCAGGAUGAAGUUCGUAAGAUUGAAUCUUUGAAACUCAUUGAUUGGCAAAUAUCUCAGUGGAAUAAUCCAGUGUUUGACCUCCAUUAUAUGUUAAAUACAUCUACCUCAUUUGAAAUGAGAAGAGAUCAUGCUGAAGAAAUUUUAAGACAUUAUCAUGCAACAUUUACGGAUGCAACAAAUAAACUAGGUACUCCUGUACCUAAUUGGAAUUAUGAACAGUUCAGAGCAGAGUUUGAUAGAACAUCACUUGUGGGUUUCCUCAUGGGAAUGUGUCUCAUUCAGGGAACACUAAGUAAAGCUGGAGAAACUAUCAACCAUUCAGGGUCAACAUGUCUUAAUAAUGCUUGCUGCUAUCCUUGUAAGGUUGUGGUUGACAAAAUCAAAGCUGGCUUGGCCAAAAUCAUUGUAUCAUUUGCAUUCAAACCUUCAUCAGAAUACUUUAUGCGAGCAAGUGUUAAAAGCGUACUAAGUCCAAUAGGCCAGGAGUUGGUAGAGGGGAGUAACGAUGUAUUGAAUAGACGCCUUCUGGACCUCUUGACAGAAGCAGAUGAGAAGGGAGUACUCGAUGUCCUCAUGUUGUAAAAGUACAUGACAUAAUGUCCCAAUAUACUGUCUUUCUUGUCAUUCAGGUAAUUUAACUUUUUGAAUAAUGGUAUAGGUAAAAAGGGAGGUCUGUUAUGCAAAGAGGACCCAAAAUAGUCUAAAUAUUUUUGUACUCUGUAAUUGCAAGUUAUGAUAGUAUUCAGAAAGGCAGUUCAAAUGUAUUUAAAGAGUAGUUAAUAGAAAAAAAGUAUUAGAUAGAUAGUAUUGGAUACAAAUCAGGGGAUAAGAGUACUUCUACUUUUGUAGUACUACCUAAUCAAAGAGCAUAAGCUAAGUGGAUUCUGUGCUUCCUUCAGGGGACUGCAUUAAGACAACAUGGAUUAUUACUCUAUAGUAUACUCAAGUGUUUUAACCUGAUACAAAGCAAUAUUUUUGCUGCAUAAUUUUCAUAAAUAUUUCUGCUGCUGUGUUUGUAGCAACAGUAAGGGUGUGUUUUAUUUUUUUAGAUAUUUAUAUUUAAAGUUUUAUUGGGAAUCCAUAUCACAUCAGAGAUGUGUGAAUGUCUAUUAUGUAUCAUUCUUGUGCCUUAAAUCAAAACCUAUAAUACAUGACACUGUAUUGUUUUUAACAUUAAACAAAUUUAAGGUUUGUUUAUGCUAUGGUAAUGUUAAGAGUAUUUUUUGAACAAAGUUAUAGUUAAGAAUUAUAUUAAUUUUAUAUACAGAAUUUCAGGUUUACUGAAGUAGUGAAAAUUUUCAUGUUGAUUUUGUUUAAUGCAAUGUAUAUUAUGAAUUUGGUGCAUUUGUGUAGUAUGCAUGUAAAAGCAUAUUUUUUGCAAGAGGAAAGUGUACAGGAUUAGAUAAAAGAAAAAGUUUCUAUUUUCCAUAAAUCUGUAUCAUAGAUAUAUGAAUGAGUGAAAGAUAUGCAGUGAGUCUCCUAUGUAUGAGCUGCACAUUUUUUCAGUAUAUAGACAGAAUAGUAAAAACAAGAUAAACAUAUUUUGAUUUCCGUCUUCUUUAGGGUGAAGUAGUAUUUAUUUCAAAUUGAGAUUUUUUCCCCUGUUGUUUUAUGUGUAGUUGUAUACUGAUAACGAUCGACAUGUAUAAUGCAUGUGUCAUGACGUUUUUGAUUUGUGUGUGGGGUUUUAUGUUUUGUUGAGAUUUUUUGUGAAAUGGUUGUUAUUCUCACUAUUUGUUUUUAAUAUUGGCAAAUCUGUAGUCGGAGGUCCUUGAUAGAAUUGGUUUAUUUUUCUAUUUCUCGUUCAUGCAGGUUCAUUAUUGGUAAAAUGACGUUCAUCAAAAUUUACAAACUCGUUGCAAGAGGGUAGUGGGUAAUAUAUAAUACUUUUCACAGAAUCAGACAGCUUUCUUAUUUAUUAUGAUGAUAUUGCAUUGCUGUAGGUCAAGGAUGUACUACAACUUUGCAGCAUCACAGUAUUAUUUGAAAUGUGAAUAUAUUUAAUUCUAAAUUAUGUCAAUUUUCAUAGUAAAUGAGAUUUAUAUUCAUAUAAAUGACAAGGCAAAUAUACUUUUAGUAAUGUAAGAUAUAGAGCAGGUUAUCAUGCAGGGUUUCUUAUUGCAGGCUGAUCCUAGAGAAAUUUUUAGAUAGAAAUUUUUGAAAGAUUGCUUCAGAUAUUAUUGUCCAAUACAAAUGCUUGUAGUAAACUAACAUUUGGUCAUGUUUUCUUCCAUUUUUUUUUCUUCUUCUUCCUAUUUUAUCAGUGUUAAUAUCUUUAGGUUUUAUUCUUUUGCUUAACUUGCAGAUGUGGAAAAAACGAUGUAUAUUGUAUAGUCAUUGUUUUGCUUUCUUUUGCUUCAUUUUAUUCACCAUUGUUGUCAGUUCAUUGUCAUCUCUGCUGUUUUCAUGAUUAUUAUUAUUAUUAUUAUUAUUAUUAUUAUUAUUAUUUUUAUUAUUAUAAUUGAAAUCACUCUUGUAAUUAUGGUUGUCAUUGUCCACAUUUUUUGCAAUUCUCUUUUAUUUUAAUGCUCCACGUCUCAUUUGAAGUGUCUCAUAAUGCUUUAAGCCACACUGAAAAAAAGAAAAAGAAAAGAAAAAAACAUUUUC